GUCGAGGGCGAGCGCAUGUCCGGCCAGGACGUGCGCACCAACAACGUCAUGGCGGUUCAGGCGGUGGCGAACAUCGUGAAGACCUCCCUGGGCCCCGUCGGCCUGGAUAAGAUGCUCGUGGACGACAUCGGCGACGUCACCAUCACUAACGACGGCGCCACGAUCCUCAAGCUCCUCGAGGUUGAGCACCCCGCGGCCAAGAUUCUCGUCGAGCUCGCGGACCUCCAGGACCGCGAGGUUGGCGACGGCACCACCUCCGUCGUGAUCCUCGCCGGCGAGCUCCUCAAGCGCGCGAACGACCUCGUGCGCAACAAGAUCCAUCCCACGUCCAUCAUCGCGGGGUACCGCCUCGCGAUGCGCGAGGCUGUGAAGUACAUCGAGGACAAGCUGGCGACGCCGAUCGACGUCCUGGGCACGGAGACCAUCCUGAACUGCGCCAAGACGAGCAUGAGCUCGAAGAUUGUCGGCGCGGACAGCGACUUUUUUGCGCGGAUGGUUGUGGACGCGGCGACGUCCAUCAAGACGUACAACGACUACGGCGACGCGAGGUACCCGAUCAAGAGCAUCAACAUCCUCAAGGCGCACGGCAAGUCCGUGAAGGAGUCGCAGGUGAUCAAGGGGUACGCGCUCAACAUGGGACGGGCGGCGCAGGGCAUGGUGAAGAGCGUGAAGAAUGCCAAGAUUGCCUGCGUGGAUUUUAACCUCCAGAAGACCAAGAUGCAGAUGGGGGUGCAGGUGCUGGUGAGCGACCCGAAGGAGCUCGAGCGCAUUAGGCAGGAGGAGCUCGACAUCACCGCGAGGCGCAUCAAGAUGAUGAUCGAAGGAGGCGCGAACGUCGUCCUCUGCAGCAAGGGCAUCGACGACAUGGCGCUCAAGUAUUUCGUCGAGGCGGGUUGCAUCGCGUGCCGCCGCGUGCCCAAGGAUGACCUCCGCCGCGUCGCCAAGGCCACCGGCGCGCAGAUUAUCCUCACCCUGUCGGACAUGGAGGGCAACGAGACCUUCGACCCGGAGUGCCUGGGCACCUGCGCCGAGGUUUGCGAGGAGCGCGUCUCAGACGACGACAUGAUUGUCCUCAAGGAUUGCAAAAACACGCAGGCGUGCACCAUGCUCAUCCGCGGCGCCAACGACUACAUGCUCGACGAGGUUGAUCGCUCGCUCCACGACGCCCUCUGCAUCGUGAAGCGAACCCUGGAGUCCGAGAAGGUGGUCGCGGGCGGCGGCGCGGUGGAGGCGGCUCUAUCCGUUUAUCUCGAAUCCCUCGCGACGACCCUCGGGUCCCGCGAGCAGCUCGCCAUCGCGGAGUUCGCCGAGGCCUUGCUCGUGAUCCCCAAGACCCUGGCCGUGAACGCCGCCAAGGACUCCACGGACCUGGUUGCCAAGCUCAGGGCGUACCACCACGCGAGCCAGACCAAGCCGGACAAGGCGCACCUCGCGGGUUACGGCCUCGACCUCGUGAAGGGCGAACUGAAGAACAACCUCGGCGAGGGCGUGCUCGAGCCGGCGCUGUCCAAGCUGAAGAGCAUCCAGUUCGCCACCGAGGCCGCGCUCACCAUCCUGCGCAUCGACGACCUCAUCAAGCUGCACCCCGAGCAGGAGGAGUAAGGGAGGCGGGGUGAGUGGGUGAGAAAACAACAUCGGUCAGCGCAGCGUAGCUUUUGCAAUUCAUUCUUAACAACUUAACGCUCUUUGCGUGCACU